GCGUACAUGUGCGGCAUGACAGAAAAUGGCUGCAGGAGGUGAACAGCAGCAAGCGCACAGAUCUGGAGUUUAUAAACAGAAAAACAAACACCACAAGCAUGGAAAACAUCGAACUAAAGGCGAGAUCGGCCGGGAGAACAAGGGUAGGGUUGCUGUCAUGGCUCUCACCAAGAAACAGAGAAGAGAGCUGAGGAAAAUGGACCGCAAGAACAAAGCCAACCAGUUGCGUCGCAACAAAAAAGACUUGGUGCUUACAGAAAAACGGAAGCUAGGCAGCAGGGAUGGACCUCCUCAUCUGGUGGCUGUCAUUGCCCUGCACUCCAGAGUAGACGCUGGAGCUGUGACAAAAAUAUUAAGAGAAGGAGUUGGUGGUGUGGUGCACGAACAACAGGGAGUCACUGGUGCCAAGGACAGUUUUGGUCUCAUUCUCCCUCGCUUUAAACAGAGAUUCACCUUCUACAGGCCAGAUACGGCUGACUUGCAUUCCCUACUCGAUGUGGCAAAGAUUGCAGACAGUUUGGUGUUUGUGUUGGAGUCAACUGAAGGCUGGGACAGUUACGGAGACUACUGCCUGUCCUGCCUCUUUGCCCAGGGUUUACCAAGUCAUGCACUGGUGUGUCAAAGAGUGGCUGAUCUAGUGGUGAAGAAACGCACAGAAUCUCGGAGAGCACUUUCCCGCUUGGUGGAGUCUCGUUUCCCAGAUGCACGUCUCUUUCCUGUAGACAGUGAGCAGAAUGCCACAAUGUUACUUCGGCACCUGUCGGCACAGAAACAGAGGCGACUGGCCUUCCGCUCUCGCCGCUCACAUCUGCUGGCUCAAAAAGCCACUUACAUCCCGAACACCAGCCAGAAAGGAACAGAGGGCCCAGCCACGGGGUUAGGGACCCUCUGUGUGUCAGGAUAUGUUCGAGGCUGUCCACUGCAAGUGAACAGGCUUGUGCAUAUAGCAGGUUAUGGAGAUUUUCAGCUCAGCCAGAUUGAUGCACCUGCAGACCCUCUGCCCAUCAUAACAGCAGCCCCCCAUUCAGUUAAGCCAGGACGUGGAGGAGAUGUAGAGAUGAUGGAUGGAGGUGAUGGAGGUAUGAAUGGGGACAGUGGAGUGCGGGUGUUGAUGAAAGCAGACCCUGCAGAGAGGGAGAGCCUGCAGGCAGAAGCAGAAGUGGAUCCCAUGGACGGGGAGCAGACGUGGCCCACAGAAGCCGAGCUGGAGGCGGCGGAAGAGGCCAGAAAGAACCAGAGAGUAAUGAAAGUACCUAAGGGGACAUCUGACUACCAGGCCACAUGGAUCAUUGAUGAUGCAGAGGAGGAGGAUGAUGAUGUGGACACCUGUGAUGAUGAUGAAGAUGAAAUAAUGGAAGGCGGAAUGGAUGCAGAGGAUGGUGAUAAUGAAUCUCAGGAUGCUGGGUCUGAAUGUGCUUCUGAAAGAGAUGAUGACGAAGAGGAAGAGGAGGAGAUCAGUUCCACCGGACGUACUGGAGCCGAUCAGAAGUAUGACGAAGGCUUGGAUGAGGCUGAGGAGGGAGAGGGGCUGAGGAGAUAUCGAGAGGCACGUGCCAAUGAGAUGUUCCCAGAUGAGGUGGACACUCCCUUAGACGUAUCAGCCAAGACACGGUUCCAGAGGUACAGAGGUCUGAAGAGUUUCCGCUCCUCACCAUGGGACCCCAUGGAGAACCUACCUCCCAACUACUCCCGCAUCUACCAGUUCCAGAACUUUGAGCGCAUGCGUCGGCGAAUACUGGCAGAGGCUAUGAGCGAGGAGGAAGGAGCAAUGGUGGGCUGGUAUGUAACUCUUCAUAUUGUGGACGUUCCUCCCUCAGUAAUAGAGAGCUUCCAGGCUGGCAAACCAUUAGUGCUGGUGUCCCUCCUACCACACGAACAGAAGAUGUCAGUGAUGCACAUGUUGGUGCGACAACAUCCAAGUAACACCGAACCAAUCAAGGCUAAAGAGGAGCUGGUGUUUCAGUGUGGCUUUAGACGCUUCAGAGCUUCAGCCAUCUUCUCACAGCACACCUCUGCUGAUAAACACAAGAUGGAGCGGUUCCUGCGUCCUGAUGCCCCUACAGUGAUGUCUGUCUAUGCCCCCAUUACCUUCCCCACAGCUGGUGUCCUGGUCUUCAAACAGAGAGGCAAUGGUAUGCAGGACCUGGUGGCCACAGGCAGUCUGUUGGGAUGUGAUCCUCGGCGUGUUGUGUUGAAGAGAAUCGUACUGAGUGGACACCCCUUUAAAAUAAACCGCCGCUCCGUUGUGGUCCGCUACAUGUUCUUCAACAGGGAUGAUAUUCUGUGGUUUAAGCCAGUGGAACUGCGUUCAAAAUGGGGACGAAGAGGACAUAUCAAGGAGGCUUUAGGUACUCAUGGUCACAUGAAGUGUAUAUUUGACGAUCAGCUGCGCUCUCAGGACACUGUGCUGAUGAACCUAUAUAAGAGGGUGUAUCCUCGCUGGACCUACGACCCCUAUGUCCCUGCCCCUCUGCUCUGGGUCAAGAGAGAGGAGCCCGAGGGCCUCCAUGACAUCGAUAUGGAGUAGAGAUAGGAAAUUAAUGAACUGAAAACUAUAUGAAACUCACUGCUUGCCACAGGUUACUCUGAUAUUAAUACUCUGUAUUUAAUUGACAGAAUUAAAAAUCUCAAUUUC